UCAAGUGUUGAACAAAAUGGUUGCCUAGUCUAUGCUUAGUAUCACUGAUGUAGAGGAGGUCACAUCAGGAGCACUGAAUGCAAUAGAUGAGCCUGGAAUCAAUGCAAGUGAAGCUCUGCCUCACUAAGAGAGAAUCUAUGCUGCAGGCAGUUAGUUAUUGUGGAUCGAAUUCAACAAAGUCAAUGGGGAAUAUCAGUUUUUAGAUUCAAACUAGAAACAUAAUGUGUUGAUUGCAAUGGUUUUGCAUGACAUUAUGAAAUGGCACCAUGAGCAAUAUUUCCAAAGCAUAUACUCCAUUUUAUCUGCAAUUGGACAAUGAACGGGUUUGAAUGUGAAAUUUGCACCCGUCAUCUACUUCUCAAUACUCAAUGUCACUGUGUAUUCAGCAAAUUCCUGCCUUUACAAACCCAGCUCUCGCUAAUCGUCUGUUUUAUGGAACUUAUUGUCAUGGACACAAUCGUUUCAUGUGAUGCGUUUCUCUAUGUUUAUUUUUCUAGCUCAACAGACAAAGUUGUGCUGAGGAGUAAUUCCACAAACCCGCCUGUUCUGGGCUUGUGCUAUCUGCCUGUGCGGUUGCAGAAUUGUGUCAGAGACCAGGUCAACACAAGUGGCAGAACUACAGGUAGGAGCUUUUCUUGCAUUUUCAAAUUAAGUUAAUGACAUAGAAUAUAUUGUUUUUAAGUAUAGAUUUAUAAUGUCAUUUAUUUUUUUCCAAUCCUUUGAAUGGCAAAGAAAAUAUUUAAAAUCCGAAUGUAUCAUUUAACCUUGAUUCUGUCGCGCACAUAUCCAGUACGCCAUGACAAAUCAAGUAUAGCAUUGGAGCAAGAUAUAUGUAACACAUAGUGCUAUUACUGCAAUCUACAUACCUGCAGUUGCAAGAAUGAUAUCGUUAAAUCCAUCUGUGUACUACUGCCAAAAAUAUCUAUUUAAGAAAAAGUUUUACAUCAGCUCUGUUCACCAUAUCUCUAUUGAAUGCGGAGGAUGAUACAUAAUGUUUCAAAAUGUUGUUACAUAGUCAUGUAAUUAAUGCAGCACAAAAGGAGCCCUUUGGCCAGAUAUAAUCUUCAGAAUGCAAUAGAGCUAUAAUCUGUUUAAUGAAGAUUGAUUAUUAAUUGUUCUAAUGUUUGUUCUUUGAAACUUACAUAGUCAAAAUGUUUCAGCCAUUGACUGCGCUUUCAAAAAUACUUUAAAAACAUCAAACGUUACAAAAAAGCAUAUUUACUGUAUUACUGGAGCAAACGUGCUCUGUAACAGAGUAAUGAGGUGUAAUGGAGUGAAUUUAUUUUAAUCAAUAUUUUUUAGAAAGUAACAGGUCAAUCAAGUUGAUCCAUAGUUACUUUAAAUGUCAGAAUGACAUCACUUCUCUAUCAUUGUUUAUUGAUGUCUGGCAUAAACUUCACAAAUGUACUGCAAAUUAUUAAGUUUACCUUUGAUUUUCCUGUGGAAAAUGUCUUUGUCAUUAUCCUAAAUAUAUUAGCGUACUCUUGGUGACUUCUCUUGAAAACUUCUGUUUGGAGGAGAAAUUGGAAUCCCUUCCUGUGAAAAAAAGUUAAAAAGUGGAUAUAAAAUUAGUUUUUUGAUGACUAAAUCUAGAUCAGUCGACAUGGGGCAGAAAAAGAGGAAGCCUACGACAGUUUAAGAUACAUGAUAUGGUCCAAUACCCAUCUGAAUUUUGAGGAUACGAAGGUAAUGAGGAGAACGGUGUGUAACAAAUAACACUUUUGUGGCAUUUGUGAGGACAGAUAGGUCAAAAGGAGUUUGCAGAAGAGAUGUAAUGAAUCAACUCCACAAAGAAGUGGAGAAGAUGGGUUGUUCUUGAGAAGUUUGAGAAAGGUGUACAAUUAUCCAAACACUUUUGCUGAUUGAGGUGCAAGUCCUUGUACUUAUAGAUGUCAGUAACAGGGAAAGCAUUUUUGAGUUGAUUGGCAAAUGAACCAGAAGGGAUGAUACUUCAUUUCACACAAUAAAUUACAAUGCACAACAUGAAAGGAUAGUGGAAAACAGAGACAAGCGAAUGGACUAAAUAUUUUUAAAGAACAAAAUAACAGAACCAUGGGUAAAGAUUAAGGGAAAUUAAAUUAAAUGGAAAGAUCUAUCAAAGAACCACCAUGAGCAUUAUAUUUGAUUGCGACAAUCUGAUCACUUACAUUUUGGAAUUUCAUUCAAUUUCCAUUGGGAAGGACUUCUGAGAUUUUGUACAGGCCUUUAAUUAUAUAAAGGAUGCUUCCCAAAGAACAAUAUUGUUUAUUCAAUUCAUUCAACCCAAGAUUUUGCAGCUGAUGUUCAUAGGGUUUCCCCAAGUAACUUGAGGGAAGGCAUUUAAGUAAAAGCUAUGAAAUAGGUGAUUUGUCUCAAUCCAUGGUCACACAUCUGCCACUAUGUCCUUUGAAAAUCACUGAAAACCUUCCUCAUAUUAACAAUCAAUUAUCGGUGUUCCAACAGUCAGAAAAUGAGGAAACCAAGAAUAUAUUCCAUAUGAUCCAGAACAACUUUCUUUUAAACAUAUAUUGUUGUAUAAAGCACUCAGUUUUACAAAUAGAUUUUGAUUUAUUAGUGAGUGUUGGAGCUCAAAGUAUCUGAAAUGAAUAAUAGCUUAUUUGUGUGUUUCUUUCUACAGAUUGUAUCUCCAGGAAGAUGUACAGCUUUAUGGGUGGAGGUUUGUUCUGUGCUGGUAUAGGCAACAUCCUGCUUGUUGUUUCCACAGCAACAGAUUAUUGGAUGCAGUAUCGCCGUUCUGGCAAUUUUAUGCACCAGGGCCUGUGGAGAUAUUGUGUGCCAGGAAAAUGCUACCUGCACACUGACAGUGUUGCCUACUGGGAUGCCACUCGAGUAUUCAUGAUCCUCUCCUUGUUGGCAUGCUUCAUUGGCAUCAUUAUUGGCUUCCUGGCAUUCAUGCAAUACUCUUCCUUCACCAAAUUUGACAGAACCUUUGCCGCAGGAAUCUUGUACUUUAUUUCAUGUUUAUUUGUGUUGCUUGCCAUGGCUAUUUAUACAGCCGUCACGAUAAAUUCUUACGGUAAACGUUAUGGCGAUUGGCGCUUCUCCUGGUCCUACAUCAUUGGAUGGGUGGCUGUGGUGCUCACAUUCUUUGCAGGUAUCUUCUACAUGUGUGCCCAUCGUUUGCAUGAAAGCCCACAAAAUUCAAACCCACGCUAGCAACCGACACCACGCCUUAAGAAAUGGAAUAACAUACAGAACCAUCACUUUGCGUCAACUCGCAUGUUAUGAAGUGGUAUUUUCUUUUGAUCUCUUUAGAAAACAAGUUAGUGAAAUGUAGGUAGAAAUUGAAACAAAUUACAGCUGUACUUUCAAGGCUUGGCUGCAGGGGUUUUUUUUUUAUCACUUCAUUCGUGAAAUAGAGUUAUAAAUAAGACAAAACUUUCAUUAAUGUUGCAUGAGUUUUCCACAAGCUAGUAAAAUAACGGAACAAUGGUAGUAUUAUAUAUAAGCUUACUUUAAUAUAUGGAAAAUGAUAAAACUGAAACUAAAUUGAACUCAGUGCAUCCACCUUAUUUUAUCUAAUAAAGUUUCCUUGAACAUCGACUGACAUUAAGCAAACCCAAACUUUGACUGCUUUGUUAUUCAUUAAUGUUUGGUAAGGGAAUUAUUUUCAUAUUAAUUGCAGUUUUUUCAAAGUUGGUAAUUCAUUGUGAAGCCUGACAUUUAUUGUACAUUCCUAGUUGCUCUGAAAGUUUGUGUCAAAAUGCUUUGAUACAAAUGAGUGGCUUGCAAGAUCACUUCAGACCUUUAAUAGUGUCUGUUGAACUGGAGUCACACAAAGAUCAAACCAGGUAAGGAAUGCAAGUUUAAUUCCCUGAACAACAUAGAUAAACUAGUAAGAUUUCAACUAGUUCAAUGUCACUUUUAAAGAGCUUGCUUAAAACAUAAUUUGAAUUCUCAGACACCCAUGAUGAUGUGUCGUGUAUUCAUGUCAACUGGAUUACUCCUCCAGGUUCUUGAUUUACAACAUAUCUCUUUCUGCAAUACACACACAAAUUAAUUUUUACACACAUGAGAUAGAGUAAUGCUUCAAAAUUAUUUCAAAAUACAGGGUUUAAUUUCAAUUUUUAGCUGGGCACAUUUAUUAAGGGAAAAAGCACAAUGCUCAAACUUAUUUUUCAUUAGUUUGCAUAAUUUAGAUUUCAAAUGAAUCCACCUAUUGUCCUUUGAUUCCAGUUGCACAGUCCCAAUUGUGCAGACCAAACUACUUUCCACCACACUGAAUUCCAACCAUCCACAGUUAAUUGAAUUUUGAUGAUCCCAACUGCUUACAAUCCAUCCCCAUUAUAAUGAUACCCAUGGAGACUAAAGCUCUCGCUAUUCUCUCCUAACGUUAAAGCAUUGCAUUGGCCUAAACCAUUCACAGUGAAUAGUAUCCAAAUCUAAGCACAACAUUUUCUAUGAUCAUCACAAAGUUAGUACUCAGCAUAUUCAUCGCCGCACUGUUUUGUAAAACCCAAGAGUUCGUGUGAACCAGUUUUUAUAAAGGCUGAACAAAUGACUGAGUUGUUAUUAAAAUAAAAUCACCAAAGAAAGCUAGCCUGUUUCUUAAAUAUGUUAGGUUCUACAGGCUGGCUGCAGAAAAUGCUUUCAGAAAUCCUUACAGUAUUGUGCCACAGUGAGUUUCUAAAAACAUGAGGAUCAAUACUCUGAAAUACCCAUUAGGGAACAAAAAUAGCUCAUCAAAGAGCAAAGGGUAACCAAAUCUAACCAGCUCCCCAGGGACAACUUUAAUAUACUGUUCUACAAUGCCAUCACUGAAAGGUUAUCAGUGUCUCAAUAUAAACUGUGAAGUUAUUUGUAUAUUGGACACUGAAAAUUCGUAUGUUGUUCACUGGAACCCUCUGAUGCUAACAUAUUAUUAUUAUUCACAACUACAUUUAUCAUUGUCCCUUAUAUUGAUUUAGAUUGUGCUGAUUCCUCGAAGUUUCAGUUAACAUCAGCAUGCUCACUAACAACCUGAUGAUGGAGCUCACUUUCUCUUGCUCGGUGAAGAUUACAAGGGGCAAGUUCAAGUCAUGAUGUCGUUGCCACAUUCCAGGUUUCCUGAAUUUGCCAGUAUUAUAUGGUAGUAUCAAUUUCAAAGGACAUCAUUAAACUUAAUCAGACUGGUUUAGAUGAUGAAAUAGAAACAGAAAUAGGUAGUCACUAUUUAUAAACCUCUGGGCACAGAUUAAAAAAAACAAUACACUUGUUCUGUAGAUUGGUGAAAUAUGGAUUAAUAUGUCACCAAAGAGAAUUGCAGGCAUUUUUUUUUUACACACACACACAGUGGUUAUCAUUUGGGAUUUGCUUUCAACUCACACUAGUUCUGCAACUCAUUACUUUGUCAUGAAGAAAACUCAGAUGUUAUAACAAAUGAUUUUGAAAAAAACUAAAACAAUUGUACAUUCUCUGAAUUUUUGCAAUAGAUAACUGACAAUAUGAUUAUCCAAAACAGUGUAAAAAUACAUCAAAUAGAUUUUGCGCCUUUAUAGCAGAGUGUUAUUUCUUGCUUGCAAAAUACUCAAAUGCUAUUCAAACUUAUGAAGUUGAUUUAUGGCUGCACGGUAACUCAAAUAUCACUAUACCUUAAUUGGUGCAUGUGACAAUAAAUGUGAAUCUGAAUCUGAACUGAAUCUGAAAUGAUUCUUUUUAAAUGGGUGAUAGCACCCUCAAGCAUAAUCAAUGUGACAUUACAACACUGGCCAUUGUUAUAGAAACAUUU